AGUGAUAGAGAAGCUUGGCUCUCAUCAAGGCUUCCAACCAUCCUCUAUCUAUCGCUUCCAAUUGCUUCCGCUCCAAAAAGCACUCGACUGAAGGUCCAGCUGAAACCCUCCACCUCAGACCAUGACCACUACCAUCUGCACCCGCUUCACUGAGGAAUUCCAGAUGUUUGAGGAACUGGGCAAGGGAGCUUUUUCAGUGGUGCGGAGGUGCCUGAAGGUCCUCUCAGGCCAAGAGUAUGCUGCUAAGAUCAUCAACACCAAGAAGCUAUCUGCCAGGGAUCACCAGAAGCUGGACAGAGAGGCCAGGAUCUGCCGACUGCUGAAGCACUCCAAUAUCGUGCGUCUCCAUGACAGCAUCUCGGAGGAAGGGCAUCACUACCUGAUCUUUGACCUAGUGACGGGCGGCGAACUCUUCGAAGACAUUGUUGCUCGAGAGUACUACAGUGAGGCUGACGCCAGUCAUUGUAUUCAGCAGAUUCUGGAGGCAGUGCUUCAUUGUCAUCAGAUGGGAGUCGUUCACAGAGACCUCAAGCCUGAGAACCUUCUGCUGGCCUCCAAGUCCAAGGGAGCUGCAGUGAAGCUGGCAGACUUUGGCCUGGCCAUCGAGGUGGAGGGGGACCAACAAGCCUGGUUCGGCUUUGCAGGGACACCUGGUUACCUGUCUCCUGAGGUCCUGAGGAAGGACCCAUAUGGCAAAGCUGUGGACCUGUGGGCUUGUGGUGUGAUCCUGUACAUCCUACUGGUGGGAUAUCCUCCGUUCUGGGAUGAGGACCAGCACAGACUGUACCAGCAGAUCAAGGCUGGGGCUUACGAUUUCCCCUCGCCAGAGUGGGACACUGUUACUCCAGAGGCCAAGGAUCUCAUCAACAAGAUGUUGACCAUCAACCCUGCCAAGCGCAUCACAGCCUCGGAGGUUCUCAAACAUCCCUGGAUCUCACACCGCUCCACUGUGGCCUCCUGCAUGCACAGACAGGAGACGGUGGAGUGCCUGAAAAAGUUCAACGCCAGAAGGAAACUCAAGGGUGCCAUUCUCACCACCAUGUUGGCGACUCGGAACUUCUCAGGAGGUAACAAGGCCAACAAGAAGACUGAUGGUGUGAAGGAAUCCUCUGAAAGCACCAACACCACUAUUGAGGACGAAGACACCAGAGUGAGGAAACAGGAGAUCAUCAAGGUAACAGAGCAGCUCAUAGAAGCCAUCAGCAAUGGAGACUUUGAGAGCUACAGUAAGAUGUGUGACCCCAGUGUGACAGCGUUUGAGCCAGAAGCUCUGGGUAAUCUGGUGGAAGGCCUGGACUUCCAUCGCUUCUACUUUGAGAACUUGUGGUCUAAGAACAGUAAGCCUGUCCACACCACCAUCCUGAAUCCCCACAUCCACCUUAUCGGGGAGGAAGCUGCCUGCAUCGCCUAUAUCCGCAUCACCCAGUACAUCGACACCAACGGCAUGCCCCGCACCGCCCAGUCUGAGGAGACACGCAUCUGGCACCGCCGUGACGGCAAGUGGCAGAUAGUCCACUUUCACCGCUCUGGAUCACCCUCCGCCAUCACCAAGUAAGCCAGUAUGGUCAGGCAAACUCUCGUCUUCCCCUCUGACCCCAGCUGAGCUCUAGAGCAGGAGGGUUUGAGUGAGACGUCUGUCUGAGUGACACCGGUGGGUUACCAGCCGGCUUCAUGGGGACACAGAGGGACUCCCACCGACCGGCCUGAGGAACCACGAGCCCGCCCGCCCGCACGCCACAUCUCAUCUCUUUACUUGAAAUCAGUUUAUGUUUCCUCUCAUAUCCACACUAUGUCACGCUCUCAUGUAUGUACUGUAUAUGCUGUGUGUGUCAGGAACAUUUUAGCCUUGUUAUGCUGUCUCUCCGCUCGUUCUUCUCUGACCUUCUUGGUUCUUGUCAUACUACAGUACUUGGCAGAGUCACAAUUAGUACAAAUGGAUCUAUGAGUAGGAUUCAAUCUGUAAAAUAUAGCCGAGGGAAGUAGGGAUACUGAGUGGGCUGAUUUUUUAUAAUCCCCACAAAAUUUGUGAACUAGGCCUUUAUUACUCCUGUUUGCAGAGCAGAGAAAUCCCCCUCCCCUCAAUAAAAAUGAUCCUCAGCCACACCCCUCAUCGACCAAAAUAUCCUUAUCACCCCCCCCUAAACAUCUUCCCGUGACUCUAAAGUGCUCGCAGUAAUCGGCACCUACAGUUUUCCUUACACUUAAAUGUUUUUAUUCAGCAAUGCUCCCUCAACAAUGCUCCCUCAACAAUGCUCCCUCAACAAUGCUCCCUCAACAAUGCUCCCUCAACAAUGCUCCCUCAACAAUGCUCCCUCAACAAUGCAGUAUAUUAAUAUUUAAAAGUCCAGUCAGAAAUAACAAGUAAUAGUAAUAGUAAGAUAAAUAUGUACAUAAUAGAACAGCAUAGGAGAGCAUCAUAGCACUUCUUUAGGUUCUUCCAAUGAGGACUGAGGGUAUAUACCAUAUAUCUUCCUCACUUUUUAUUGUUGUCAAUACAAACCCCCUCUCGCUUGUUAGAGCAGUUGAACUUACUUGCAGCGGACAGUGUAAACUACAGUAUUCUGCCUACUUCAGAGUAAGAAGCAAUUUAAAAAGACCACUAACACUGCCCCAGGAUUUUCUGCAAUAAGUUAGAUUGGUGUUUUUAUACUAAAUAGUGUGUUCUUCUGAUAAAGAUUUGUUGUGGAUUUAAAACUGACAAUUCAUUUUAGAGACUUUGUUUUAUUGAUGUCCCAUUCCCUCUAUUUCGUCACUCUCCAGUGUUUAUUGCAUGCAAGUAUAUACAUGAGCUUUGGAUCUCUGCUUGUGUUUCUAGUUCUCAAAUCUGUCAAAUGUGAUAUUUCAGAUGUACUCUCAGAGAUGUAUAAAUACUUGUAUCUUUUUACUGUUCGAAGAAUGUCAAAACGGGACAAAUAAGAACAUGACAUCGCCUCUUAACUGCAGUAUGUGUUUCCCUGUGUGUUAACAAUAAAUGCCUCACAUAAUAUUUGAUUGUGCGUUGAAAAACUGCCAGAUAUAAAUUUGAUUGAAAUAAAACGUGUUUACUAUUGGCAGUUCAACACAUAUUUAUAUCAAACUUUGUACUGUAAAGCAAUUUGUGAAAAAUCUGCUGAAAAGGAUAAAAGAUGAACCACAACAGCCAAAUCCUCUGUGUAUGCUUUCUGGAACUGAUUCUACAGAUUGAAUACUUGUUUUAUACAGUAGUUUAGUAUUUUAGUGUAAAUGGCCAGGCCUACAGCCUACUGCUUUAAAACAGCAUAAGAACUUUCAUCACACUGCUGCUCUGAUGUUGCUGUUUCUUUCCUGGCACCAUUGAACGGAGCACAUUGAGGAACUCAUGGUACUGUAUAGGAGUUAUUGUAGGAUUUAUGUUAUUCUGGAUAUGAGACGCUUACUUUAUAUUAUUCUGGAUAUGAGACGCUUUCUUUAUAUUAUUCUGGAUAUGUGACUCUUUAUUUCUUUAUAUUAUUCUGGUCAUGUGAAGCUUUCUUUUUAUUCUAGACAUUUUAGUAUUCUGGAUAUAUGCUUUCUUUCCUUUGAAGCAUGCGAGUUUGUAAUGUGCUCGAAGUUAGUGUGUCUGUUUUUGAAAAUUAUUUUCUGAAGGGUCAAAGUCAUCAUUUGCAAUUGUUAUAUAAUAUACUGUGAAUGUGGUUCUGUAAAUAAAAACAUUAUAAUGAUAAGGUA